UUUGAUUUUAGGUAAGACUUAUUUGAAGAAGAAGUGGUUUCCAGUUUGCUGUUUAUGUUGUGUGAGAAUUACGAAGUCUUUUCUUUCUAAAGUAGUCAUUAUGCAGAACAAAAAGAUCAAAUCUACCUCCAAAAUAAAAGUGGGGAAGGUCGGUUCGAAAAACAAAGAGGAUGCACCGCAUGAGCUGGAGAGUCAGUUCAUCCUGCGUCUUCCCACGGAAUACGCCUCGACAGUGAGACGGAUUGCUCAGUCCAGCAGCGUGAAUCUCAAAGACAGACUCACAAUUGAGCUGCAUGCUGAUGGUCGUCAUGGCAUUGUGAGAGUGGACCGCGUGCCCCUGGCUGCUAAACUGGUGGACCUGCCUUGCAUCCUGGAGUCUUUGAAAACUGUUGACAAGAAGACGUUCUAUAAGACCGCGGAUGUCUGUCAGAUGCUGGUGUGUACGUUGGAUGGAGACCUCUACCCCCCCCUGGAGGAGCCCACUGGUACUGUAGACCCCAAAAAGAAGAAGGACAAAGACAAGGACAAGAAGUUUAUCUGGAACCAUGGCAUCACAUGCCCUCUGAAGAACACAAGAAAGAGGAGAUUCAGGAAGACAGCUAAGAAGAAGUACAUCGAGUCCCCCGACGUGGAGAAAGAGGUGAAGAGAUUGCUGAGCACUGACGCCGAGGCCGUUAGCGUCCGCUGGGAGGUGAUUGCUGAGGAUGAGACCAAAGAGGCAGAUAACCAUGGCUCCCUGGCCAACCUGGACUCAUCCCCUGGGACAUCCGGGCACAAGAUGGGCCGUGGUUCCUCUGCCCAACACGACGAAUUGCGGGAGAUCUUCAACGACAUCAGCAGCAGCAGCGAGGAUGAGGAGGACGAGGGGGACCUGCGCCACGAAGACGAGGACCUGAACAUCAUGGACACGGAGGAUGACCUUGUUAGACAGCUCCAUGACAAACUGAACGAGUCAUCAGACGGGGCCCGGGAUGAGUCCGACCGGAACAACCAGAUAGUGAUGGAGUACCAGGUGCAGAUAGACAGUGUGAAGGCCAAGCUGAAGGAGACACGGGCACGCAAGAAACAACAGGAGGAUCUAAUCAUGAAGGUGGAGAACCAGGCACUGAAGAACCGCUUUCAGGCUCUGCUCAAUGAGAUCAUUCAUCAGGAAGAGAGGGAGAUGGAACAGCUGGCCUCGCUUCAGGAGCAGCUGGACUCGUUGAUCGAGAAGUGACCACCAGGGGGCAGCCAUGCGUCAAUGGGUGCUGUGAGACCAACCAGCCGGAGAAGAGAGUGAGAGAAGCGUCUGUCGUCGCUGUGGGAGACCUCCUCCGUGACAUGAUGUGUCAUUCCAUUAUGGACUGGAUUCUCAUUUCAGUCUCCAGGCCAGUUGGAGGAUUUUAGUGUUUUCUAUUUUUUGAUAAUUUGACAUUUUAUUUCUUGGAUGUGGUGGUGUUUGUAGACCCGGGAAUGAUUGGAGUUACUGGAACACGUUUUCUGUUACUCUGUAUAAAUAAACCCUUUGGUUUAACUACUGAA